UGAGGUUGACAAAACUAUUCUACAGGAGGUGGAGAAGAAGAGACGUGACCUCAGUACAAGAGUGGAACACAGAGAGACAAAUGCUUACAAACAGGAGGCUAUAUUUAAAUAUGUCAUGGGUGAACUACAGCCUCUCUCUGGGAUUAAGGUGAUGCUCCUGCAGUAUGUUGAGCAGUUCACUUCAGAAGAAGACACAGACAGUGACAGAGGAGAGAUGGCAGAAGGAGUAAUGCUUCAGUGUGAGGAGGAAAUCAGGGGAGGUCGAGAGAUCACUAGUGUUAACAUGACACCAAGUAAGAGAACUCUAGAAGAGACUAAAGCAGAAUUGGUGUCACUGUGUGAUCCUGGUCCACAUGCUUUUGUACUGAGAGUCGACACUGAUCUUCACUUCACUGAGAGAAGAAGGAGACAAUUCCAGACACAUCUGGGGCUUCUUGGGGACAGAGUUUGGGAUCACGCCAUAGUGAUGUUUGACUCCUCUGAUGACCAGUCGGUAGAUAGGAACAUUGAGGAGUACAUUGAGAGUGAAGGAGAGGCCCUGCAGUGGCUGGUUGAGAAAUGUGGGAACAGGUAUGUUCACUGUACAGGUGAGGAGAGCUGGCCAGGUGUACUGAAGAAGGUUGAUGAGUUAGUGGUUCUCAAUGGAGGAAGCCAUUUCCAGUAUGAGGAAAGGAGGACAAAUGAGACCACAGCAGCAGACUGGAAGAUGGAGGUGCAGCAGCUGGAGGAACUGAAGGAAGAGAUUGAGCUGGCAAACAGCAUUAUGACUCCCCCCAAUAUGGGAGGAGAUGGCAGGUCUGAAAUAACCUCAGUAACAUCAGCCUACCACACACACAUCUCAGACACAGCAUCUGAAGCCCCCUCAGAACAAGACUCUGUGAUGUCAGCAGCUACCAGCUCUGGGAUUGGUUCGCUAAGGUCUGGAAGACUGGAUGGACGCAGGAAACGUAAAAGAUCAGCAGAGGAGGAGAAAGUCAGCAGCUCAGAACAGAACAAGGGGAGAGUCCAGAAGAGGCCUCUGGAAGCUUCUGAAAAGAUCACAGAUUAGUUCAUCUUCCUUAACUCUAUCUUUCUCCUUUUCUCUCUUCUCUGCAUUCUGUAUAGACUAUUUUUUACACUUUAAAAAAUAAUAUAAAACAGGGAAUACGUUACAGAUGUAUAUGUUAUGACCAGAUUGGAGGAGGGCUAAUACAGCCUGUAAAACAGUCAGAUGGACAGCAGACAACGUGUUAAGAUGGUGUGGGGCUGAGAGAGACAAGCUUAUGCUGAAAAGUCCAUUUUGUGUGGCAUUGAAAAGUUGGAUGGCCCAAUAUUUUCAUCACAUAACUCUGAUAUCUUAUGAUAAAUUGUUAUUUGAAAAGAGACAAGACAUCUUUCGCU